UUGGGCAUCCCCAAAGGGAAAGCAAAAUACCAUUAAAAAAUUGUCCCAUGGUGUGGCUUUGCAGCCCAUGCUCAGGGCAUGUGCUCAACACGCUAGAGAGGAGACGGGCUUUCCGCUUGCUGUCCCUCUGUCACUGCAGGCAGAUUUGUUAGAGCCCUGCAAGGGAACGCCUGCUUGUCCCAAGUCCCUCUCCUCCAGCCCAGGCUCUCCAGCUCAGCUCGGUUUUGCCAGCAGCCCCGGGGUUGUGGCUCCCCUGCCUGCUGCUGGGUGAGGCAAGAGCACAAGCCUUCUGGGCCUGACCCUGUUGCUAAAGGAUUUUUCUUUGAUCCUCUUCUCAGCAAGGUGCUCCUCCAGCUGGGGAGAACAAAAAUGCCUUAAACAGCCAAAAAUUGUAGGGAAAAUUGGAGGAGAAAAUGGUGGGAGCCCUCAGGUUAAAAAAAAAAAAUUGCAUUUAUAGAACAGUGUUUGUAACAGUGUGGAAACCUGCACAAAUGAGGCAACCCACUGUCUUUGGGGAGCAUUCAGACAGGUUGCACAGCACCCCAGCCUGUCCCCAAUUUGUGUGGGCAUGACCAGGCUGCGUGUGGAUGCCUUGGAGGUCUUCCUCAUCUCAUGCUCAGCGUCCUUCGCUCCCACAGGUACCCAAUGCCCCGCGGCACUGCUGCCGAGCACCUGCCCUGGAGCCCUGCUGCCUCCUGAAGGCGCCCAGCAGCACACUCAGGCGCGUGCAAGCAGGGUCCCAUCUCUGCCACACUCCCACACGCCUCGAGGAGUCCAUGCCAGUGGCCUGACACACACAGCGCAGCCAUGUGAUGCCGGAGGAGCGCGGUGGCGAUGAUAUGGAAUGUGGGCAGCUGCCUUCGGACACGCUCCGACAGGUGACGGUCCAGCGCCACCCCCGCUACGGAUUCGGCUUCGUGGCCGGCAGUGAGAGGCCGGUGGUGGUGCGCUCGGUGGCAGCAGGCGGCCCCUCUGAGGAUAAACUCCUGCCAGGAGACCAGAUCUUGGCCAUCAACGAUGAGGACGUGAGUGAAGCCCCCAGAGAGAGAUUCAUUGAGCUCAUCAGGAAGGCCAAGGACUUCAUCAUCCUCACGGUCCUGCACACCCACCAGUCUCCCAAAUCUGCUUUCAUCAGCGCAGCCAAGAAGGCGAAGCUAAGGUCCAACCCGGCGAAGGUCCGAUUUUCAGAGCAGGUGACAGUCGGUGAGACGGACCCAGAGAUGUUGAAGAAAGAAGCUCUCCUUCUCAUUCCUAACGUGCUGAAGGUUUUCCUGGAGAACGGGCAGAUCAAAUCCUUCACGUUUGAUGGCCGAACCACCGUGAAGGAUGUGAUGGUGACAUUGCAGGACCGACUGUCCCUCAGGCAUAUCGAGCACUUUGCCCUGGUCCUGGAGUAUUCCAGCCCAGAACAGAGUCACCGGUUCCUGCUGCUCCAGGACAAGCAGCCGCUGGCCCAUGUUGUGCAGAGGACACACUACCAUGGCAUGAGAUGCCUCUUCCGUGUGAGCUUCUUCCCCAAGGACCCAGUGGAGCUGCUGCACCGGGAUCCUGCAGCGUUUGAGUACCUGUACAUCCAGAGUCGCAAUGAUGUGAUCAGAGAGCGCUUCGGCACAGACCCCAAGCCAGAGAUGCUGCUGAGGCUGGCUGCCCUCCACAUCUACAUCACCGUCUCAGCCACCCGCCCCAGCCAGAAGGUCUCCCUCAAGAAUGUGGAGAAGGAGUGGGGCCUGGAGCCCUUCCUGCCCCCCUCGCUCCUGCAGCUCAUCAAAGAGAAGACCCUCCGGAAAUCCCUCUCACAGCAGCUCAAAGCCCACCAGAACCAGCCUGGUGGCACCAAGGUCUCCACGGCCCAGGCAAAGCUGCAGUACCUGAGGAUCCUGAAUGAGCUGCCCACCUUUGCUGGGGUCCUCUUCAACACAGUGGGACUGGAUGAGAAGCAGCCAGCCACCACACUUCUGGUGGGACCCCGGCACGGCAUCAGCCACGUCAUUGACCUGAAGACCAACCUCACCACGGUGUUGUCAGAGUUCAGCAAGGUCAGCAAGAUCCAGCUGUUCAGGGAGAACCAGGGGGUGGCCCGGGUAGAGACGAGCAUCCUGGAUGCCAAGCCACUGGUGUUGCUGAUGGAGUGGCCUGCAGCCACCAACUUUGCCUGCCUGAUCGCAGGCUACUGCCGUCUCCUGGUGGACUCUAAGAAGAUGAUGUUCUCCAGGGCCCCCAGCCAGCUGCCCCCACCUCAGAUUAUCAAGGCAGAUUACAUCAACGCACACAACCUCCACCGUCCUGCUACGGCAGGGCAUGCAGGAAAGAAAGAGAGUGGGCUGGUGUGUGGCUCUGCCGCCAGCACCGGAGCAGCUGGGGCUCCAGCCGCCAGGGCUUCGGACUCGGAGCUCAUCAGCUUUUGCUACCUGCACAUGCGAGAGCAGAGGAAGGAAAGAGAGAGCAGGACGGAUAUCAAUGAAAACCUGAUUUUUUUUGAGGAAACUCGUCCCAGGACCAAAUCUGACCCCACUUCCAAAAGUUCUGGACAAGGCUACAAUGGGGAAGCUAAUGAAUGUGACCCAGAUGGCCUUGACCAAGACAGGCACGCAUGCAGGGCCAGGGCACACACCAUAGACACCCACCUGCGGAGUGACACCUCGCACUUCUACUGCGACUCCUGCCAAGCCAAAAUCAAGAGCCGGCUGACCUCAUGCAAGGGGGGUAAGCCAGGAAGUGCCCGGGACAAUAUGGUGGACUUGAUGUCGCUUCCCCCUCCUGGGAGCGAUGAGGAAGAAGACGAGACAACAUCCCUGCUCCCCGCCAUCACUGCCCCCCCUCCCGGCUUCCGAGACAACAGCUCAGAUGAGGACGACCCCAAGCGCCGGGCAGCUGCCCAGAACCAGGAGCAGGGACGGCACCUCUGUGGCAUCCUCUACGAUGAGAUCCCUGUCACGCUGAUAGACAAUGUGCAACCACGGACAGUCCGAGACCAUGCGCAAGAGCUGGACGAUGCCCUGGUGUCCACCCUGCAGGCACUAGAAGCCCUGGCUGCUUCAGAGGAUUGCCCACAUCCACCACCACAGCAGACAGCAGGUCUUAUUGUCCUGGCUGCCAUCACCCCUGAGUCAUCCUUGGAUUCUGGCCAUGAAACAAACUCUUCAGAGCUAACUGAUGUCUCAGAGAUGGUCUCUGCUAUGAAGCAGCAUCAGAACGCAGCCUACUUCCUUGCUCAACACAUCAACAAAGAAAAUCUUCUGGCCAGAAAGGAUUUGCCUUUCCGAAUCCAGAGCUGUGCUGCCCAGGCUGUUCUCACCUCACCCUACCCCAUCAGCUGCCAGGAGCCGAGCCCUUCAUUGAAGCCAGCUUUCUCUCACCAGAGCCCCAAACUUACCAAUUGCAAGAGCAAACAGGAGCAGCAGCACGCUGAGCGGAGCUACACCUUGGCUGUUGAGCCAGUACUGACCCCCCAGCUUAAUGAGCAGAACAGGGGAGCUCCGGUACCAGGCUUUGAAUGCAAAGGUGCAGGACACACAAAAGCUGCCUUUGAGGUAUCUCUGCAUGCCACAACAGCCCCAAUCAGGGAGCAGGUACAAGAUCUACAAGAGAAGAUGCCCAAAGAAGUCCAGCCAAGCUCCAAGCUCCUCCUGGAUCAGAAAAGUGGUGUAACUCCAGCCAUCAUUUCAGCUGUUCUGCAGCAAGUGGCAAAUGCAAAAGGCUCAGCUCCCCAAGUGGUAGCAACCUCAAAAGAAGAUAAGAACAUGAAUGGUACCAGCAGCUGUGCAUCAGCCAGCAGCAAGCCUUUGAAAGUUAAAGGAGGUCCACAAACUGCAGAGGCAUUAUGCAACUGGCAGCAGCAGCAGCAAAUCUCUCCGCAGCAGCACUGUGAAGUUUCUCCAAGUCCUAAAGAAGCUCAUGGCAGUAAAGCUGAAGCUUUCCACCUUACCUCAGCAGGUGAGGAAAUAAUGCCCAGUCAGACUUUUGCCUCUAAAAGCUACCAGCAAAAAGUGAGUAGAGAUGUUCCAGGAAAAACCCCAAGUGGAGAGCCAGGUCAGAAGGCAGGUGGGGAAGCCACGAGCCUUGUCUUUCAGAAACACAUAGCUCCUUCAAACCAAGGACAGAAAAUGCAACAGGAAAGUUCAGCCAAAAGCUUAAAAGCUGAGAGCAGCAAUCUGCACUCUCCAUCACCUGGUAGCACUUUCAGGAGCACCAGUGAGGAACCCAAAGGGCUAAUCCAACUGGUGCCCAGAACCGAGAGCCUGCAGAUCAGCACUGUGCCUUCCAAAAAAGUAGAAAAAGUCCUGGAGGUGACCCAACAAGAUGCUGGGACAUCAGUCCCAGCUAAACCCAAAGCUCCAAAAGCUCCCUUCAGGUUGAAGAACCUGUUCUCUGCAACAUUUCCAACCCGACUGAAGAAGGAGACGGAUGAGCGGCAGGCCCAGCUGCAGAAAGUGAAGCAGUAUGAGCUGGAAUUCCUUGAAGAGCUGCUUAAGCCAAAGAGCAAAAGUGACCUCCCACCACAAGAGUAUCUGCACCCUCCUGCCCCUGGGCGCUGCAGCUGCCAGCUAAGGAGCAGUCCUGUGCAAAAAGUCCCAGGGAUGUCCAGGGAGCAAAGGCGCAGCUGCGACUGCAAGCGGAUUUGCAGGGGGGUGAGGCCACCCCCAAACCAGACAGUGAUGCCAGAACUGGAGAGUCAAGAGAGGGAUAAAGUUACAGAUGACCAGAAGCAGGGAGAAGCCAUUAGGCUGACAAGUGUGAGCAGCCCUUCCAAAGGCAAGCGGAUACGAUCCACAAGUUUAGAGUCCAGAGACUACCGGUCAGAUCCAGAGAACAGCGUGUCCUGUUUGACAACGUGCACUUCCCGGGGAGAGUGCAUGGGUGCUCCACACUACAGGAAGCUCUUGCGUCGCUACAGUGUCAGUGAAAUAGAUAAGACUGAAAGGACAUACCCAUCCUCUGACAUUUACCAGAACAUCUAUACAACCAAGCAGAAAGGCCCCCAUAAAGAGCCUGAGCCCAGCAUUCUUUGUCCUGUUCUGAAGAGCAAAAUCCAGGAAGCCUCUGGAGUGGCUGACCCCUCCUAUGUCCAGAUAGCACAGGAGAAGAAGAACCAGAAGGGUUCAGCAGUGUUCUCUGUGCAGGAGGAGAUGUAUCCAAGCCCUGCUGAGCUGCGGGAUGAAGACAUGGAGGAUGAGAAGUGCUGCUCCAUCCGGUACUGCUUCUAUUACAGGAAAUGUGAUGUUGCAGAUGAUGGGAGCGAGAAGGAUGAGCUGUCCUAUUCCAUUCCCAUGCAGAUACUCCCAGGAAUGAAGCUAGACAAUCAGAUGGUCCCAGUCAUGAGCCGGACUCUUCAGGUCCUAGAUGCAACAGCCUGCAGCAGUCCCAAUGACAGUCAGACCCAGGAAAUAGAUUUAAGGACCUCCAGUUUUGAGGGGAGCUUGGCAAAGAUCAACACCCUUCGAGGCCAUGCCUACAGCUUUCCCAAUGGGUUUCUGCAAGUGCAGCUGGACACCAAUGAGCUCCUGACUAUUCUGAGGCAGUGUGUGGUGAGCCCUGACGUCCGGGACUGCAAACUCUACAUCUCCCAGCUGGCUGAGUACAAGCAAGAGCUCGCCCUCAAGUUCAAGGAGUUUCGAGCGUCCUGCCGCCGCAUGGCAGCCGUCGACAAGAGUCCUACCCACAUGCUUUCUGCCAUCACGAGCAGCUUCCAGGUGCUAAGCAGCCUCAUCGAGACAUUUGUGAGGCUGGUGUAUGUCGUGCGCUCGGAGUCCCAGCGCCAAGAGCUGCUGACGAAGGUAGAGGAGGUGGUGAGAAACUACACCUUUCUCCUGAAGGCUGCAGAGGAGUCCACGGCCAGAACGCUGAGCCACCAGCAGACGGUGGAGCAGCUCGCCCGCCAGUCAGCCACAGUUGCCACUGUCAUGAGCACGCUCACACGCUCCUUAAAGACAUUGAUCAACAAGUAAGCCAGUGAUGAAAACCAACAAGCCAGCGCGUGCUGGGCCAUGUGCUAGUGGUUCUCAGAUCGCACAGGUCUGGUGAGGAUGCAUGUCUACAGGCCCACAUCUACUGGGGUUUGCAGUAGCCAAGACACUCUUUUAUCUCUGCAGAAUGGAUGGUUGUGUUGGUCAUGUGUUUGAAGGGUAAAUUCAUGUCCUGUCACAAGCUGUGCAACCGGCUCAUCAGGGGCAUCAAGCAGCUGCUCUGUGUGCUCUCCCAUGCUGGCUUGUCAUUGAUGGUACUUGGGAGGCACAGUCACCCCGUCCCCAGACUAGUUUGGUUUCAUGUGGUUCUGGGCCUCACCUGUGCAAAGACCUUUGUCACAGUGUGUGGUGGGCCAGUGAGUUAGCAGGAACUGAGCUGAAAUCUCCCGGCUUCACUUGGGCAGUUUGGAGCCAAACCAGUGUCUUGCAAUGUAAACAGCUGUUCUGCCUCCAGCUUCUUCCUGGCCCUCAAAUGCAACAUAAUUAGCAGCAGAAGGGAUCUCUGGGGUGCAAGUCCCAGCUGCUAUGCUAGGGCUUGGGAAGUAGUCCUAGCAUGGGCAGGAUACCGUAAUCCUGGGGCAGAGCUAGGUUACCCUAGCAGGCUCUACUCUCACAGCUCCGGCAGCAACACCCUAGCUGCACAGGUGCUACCUGUGCAAAAGGUGAGGGCCUAAUGCGCAUAAGUAGGGAGGAUCCAGGGUACUACAGGCCUGUCAGCCUGGCCUCAGUGCCAGGGAAGGUUAUGGAGCAGAUCAUCUUGAGUGCCAUCACACGGCACAUGCAAGACAACCAGGUGAUCAGGCCCAGUCAGCAUGGAUUUAGGAAAGGCAGGUCCUGCUUGACUAACCUGAUCUCGUUCUACAACAAGGUGACCAGCUUAGUGGAUGAGGGAAAGAAAGGCUGUGGAUAUUAUCUACCUAGAGUUUAGUAAAGCCCUUGACACCAUUUCCCACAGCAUUCUCCUGGAGAAUGUUCUUAUGGCUUGGACGGGAGUACUCUUCAUUGGGUAAAAAACUGGCUGGAUGGCCGGGCCCAAAGGGUUGUGGUGAAUGGAGUUAAAUCCAGUUGGCUGCCAGUCACAAGUGGUGUUCCCCAGGGCCCAUAUUGCAGCCAGUUCUGUUUAACAUCUUUAUCAAUGAUCUGGAUGAGGGGAUUGGGUCCACCCUCCAUAAGUCUGCAGAAGACACCAAGUUGGGUGGGAGCGUUGAUCUGUUUGAGGGUAGAAGGGGUCUCGAUAUGGACAGGCUGGGUCAAUGGGCCGAGGCCAGCUGUAUGAGGUUUAACAAGGCCAAGUGCCGGGUGCUGGAGCAUGUCCAGAGAAGAGCAAUGAAGCUGGUGAAGGGCCUGGAGAACAAGUCUGAUGAGGAGUGGCUGAGGAAACUGGGGUUGCUUGGUCUGGAGAAGAGGCUGAGGAGGGACCUUAUCGCCCUCUACAAUUACCUGAAAGCAGGUUGUAUCGAGGUAGUGUUGGUCUCUUCUCCCAAGUAAUAAGCAAUAGGACGCGAGGAAAUGGCCUCAGGUUGCACCAGGGGAGGUUUAGAUGGGAUAUUAGGAAAAAUUUCUUCACUGAAAUGGUUAUCAAGCACUGGAACAGGCUUCCCAGGGAAGCGGUUGAGUCACCACCCACAGAGGUAUUUAAAACACAUGUAGACGUGGCGCUUAGGGACAUGGUUUAGUGGUGGACUUGGCAGUGUUAGGUUAAUGGUUAUACUAGAUGAUCUUAAGGGACUUCCCCAACCUAAAUGAUUCUAUGAUUCUAUGUUUGCCUUCCUCUGCUGGAUGGCUGUGUCCACACUAGAGAGCCUGCAAGGAACCCGGGUUGAUCUUUGACCAUUGCAAGCCAGAAACUGGGCUAGCAACUGAGAGUGAGACCGAUCUGACACCAUUCUCCAGAGGUCAGGUCCGUGCCUCCAAGGCUCAGCCCAAACCCUCUCCUAUUUCCUUUCACCAUGCCCAUUAGAGAGGAAUCCCAGAUCAGCUUUGUCUGUGAACCACAGCUUGCCCCCAAGCCAGGCAGUGCUACUGCCAUCGGCCAAAGGAGCUGCCUUCCUUGUGAGGGCGUUGGGGUCCUUUUCCUGUCUCCACUGGACUGACUGCCAUAAGCAGCAUUAUUUAGUACUGCGUGAUGGUUAUUUAUUUGGAGUUGAGGGUUUUGAAUUUUUUUUUCACUUCAAGGUGAAUAGUAAAAUGAUUCCCAAUUGCUUCUCUUUGCGCCCAGAGGUUCUCCUCCUCCUCCCAGUCUAGCUUCUAGACCUAAUCAAUCACACCACCUUAACUGGUGCUUUACUGCACCCACCCUCCAAAACGGAGCAAGGAGAAAAAUGCAAGGUUACACAUUGCAUUACCCUUACCCUGCCACUCACUGCACUUCAAAUGUGCAUGGGGAGAGCAGGCCCUGCUGGGGUCCCUGCGCCUCUGCCCAUCACACCCACCUCCAGCUGGAAAGGGAGAUCGUGGCAUCAGCCUCACAGAAGUGAGACCGGUUACCAAACCCAGCCAGCUUGCCCCAGUGGUUGGGGAUGAUCAGGGGUCUUCAUACAAUCAAUCACUUCCCAUAUCUAUUAUAUUUUAUAAAUACGCACAUUUGAAAUCUCUCGUUCUUCCAUAGGAGUUAUGGAAAUGCACAAUGUGCUUUUAACAUGCGCAUCCUCUACCGAGUGCAAUAACCUCCCCUAGCCCAUGGCUGUCCCGGACUUUGGCCGUUGCUGCCAGCAAGGCAGAGAGGAUCCUGCUGUGGGGACAGCCUCCUGCUUUCAAGAACCAUGUAGCAAAUAUACAGUGGAAGAGCCAAUUCGGAUUUCAGUCCGUGGUGGACAAAGCCUGUUGUAAUGCUGAAGGCCAACAGGGAGCCGUGUUUUUCUUUUCCCCGUAAAUUAUCUAUGACAAAACUCUGAGUUUCUUCGAGCUCCCUGUUAUGCCUAUAUCAUUCCUCCAUGAGUCUCUCAAUCUAAUACAGAGGAAAAUUUUUUUAUUGUCUGUAUAUAGUAUAUAUAAAUAAAAAAUAUAUAAAUUAUAUAUAUACACAAAUUUAUGUCUUGUUUUACAAACAAGAAAGAUUAAAUAUAUUAAUCUUAA